UUUCAGUUCUUGAUAUCUUCGGUCUGGUACCAAGCCUUUGCAAUUUUCUGUGUUCAUCACUAUCGUAUCGCAUCAGCACUCCCAAGUAACAUUUGCCUGCGUGCCAGCGUCCAUUCACACCAACCAUCAUCAUGCGUUUCACAUCCGUAGCUUCGACUUUCCUCUUCGGUUUGCUUACUGCGCAACCAAUUCUGGCCUCCCCUACCCCGUCUACGAAUAUCAACACAGAAAACUUGGCUGUCAGAGCACCAGAGCCUGAGCCGUCUUUCCUCCGCUUGCCAGGGACCAUCAGGCCUACUGUAAGGAGAAGGGAAAAGAAGCGCGCAAGACAGGAAGCAUCCAUGGAACAAGCAUGAGGGAGAUUCAAAAUGCGACUCGGACGUCGAAAAUGUGAAUGUUCCUCUGAUGAGGCAGGGUGGAUUUUGUAUAUGUGUUGAAGUAAGUUUGAUGUGUCGAAUGUAUAUACGCCCGAUUGGCAAGCAUGAUACUCCAGCCACGGGGUUUUACAAAUUUGGGAAUUCUGGAGUUUACGGCACGGUUAAAAUGAACGAAUUAUGAUCACAGCUCCCAGAACGUGGAGACUUGCACAUUGCUGGUUCUUUGUGCUGCUUCCACCAUCGUGAAUAAUGCCGCCUCCACACAGGGGAUCAACGACACGAAUUUGGUACCGUUUCUGUUAUCCUGGGAGCAUUCCCAUGAUCGAAU